AUGCACCUGAACCAGUCUGACCUGCAUUUCUUCCCUUUCCUGAAGGGCAAGGUGGAGGAGAGAGGGAGGGGUGCUGGCGAAGGCUUUACAUUGAAUUUACCUUUGCCAGAAGGUGCGGGUGACGUAGAAGCCUGGCAAUUGCUAGAGGAGUUUGCCUUCCCGGCUUUGCAGGCCUUCUCCCCGGAGGUUUUGUUCUUAGCCUUGGGCUUCGACGGUUUGGAGGGCGAUCCAUGCCUGGCGGGUUUGUGCUUGAGCAGCAGCUUCUUACAACGCGUGGUACGACGUUGCUGCCACUUGUGCCAACGGGUGGUUUGCACCUUGCAAGGCGGCUACCAGCCAGAGGCGACUGCUGAAGCGCUUUCCAGCGUUUUGGAUGUUCUGGCCGAAGAAGGCCAUCCAUGUGACGAGGCCAAUGACCAUAGUGACCCUGGAUGCCCUCAGAGCUUCCAGGAGUACAUCGCUGGCAUAAAGGCAGUGCUUGCAGACAAGACUACCUGGUGGUCAGUUGAGCAGAGCUUCGAGUAUGUGCCUGAGGGCAUGCACCGACCACGCGAGGAUAGUGAACACUCAGAGACUUCCGCAAGACAGAGCGGAAAAAGGUUCCACGUGCAUAUUCUAUCAUGUUCUAUCGGACUGGCUUCCGAGGGGACAUUCGGAAGAUUGAUGAAGACUGGACCGGUACGUGUGCGAGUGAGAAGAAGUGGCUAUAGAACCGCGUGUCAUUUGUUUCAGUCACCACUUCUUGGUUCAGCUCUUAAAGGCAAGCUAGGGGCAGGGCUGGGAGCCACAUGUUAUAUUGGCACAUAUUUUGGCUAA